AUGGCAUUUGGAAAUUUUGAUACCAUAUGUAAUAUUACUUCCUUACCCUUGUGUUCCGUGGUGGGAUCAGUCAAUGAGACGUCAUAUUUUACUAGAGGUAUAGUUCCAGAUUGCUAUGCUAGAUCGGUAGAGUUGGCUAACACUAUGGUGUUCCAAAUAGGAAAUGCAUUUGUUCAUUUUGGUGGAUUGAUAAUCUUGUUGAUUAUUAUAUUUAAUGUUAGAGCAAAGUACACAGCUAUUGGUAGAACCGAGAUGCUUUUCUUUUUUUAUCUUAUUAUUUGUUUGAUUGUCAGCUCGUUAGUUGUUGAUUGUGGUGUAUCGCCACCAUCGUCCGGCAGUUAUGCGUAUUUUGUGGCCGUUCAGCUAGGAUUAGCCAGUGCAUCGUGUAUCUGUAUUUUGUAUAAUGGACUCUUAUGUUUCCAGUUUUGGGAGGAUGGAUCGAGAAAAUCGAUGUGGUCGUUAAGAGUGAUCUGUUUCUGCUGGUUCGUAGUUAACUUUAUCGUGGCUUUGGUUACUUUCAAGAGCUGGGAUAGUGCAUUAGACAGCAGAAAGACGAUGGCCAUGUUUGUGAUCACGUACCUUAUUAAUGCUAUUAUAUUGGCAUUUUAUGUGAUAUCUCAGAUAGUACUUGUUGUUUUUGCUCUCGAUUCAUACUGGCCCUUGGGUGCCAUCUUGUUGGGGGUAUUCUUCUUUGUUGCCGGCCAAGUGUUGACUUAUGAAUUCAGUGACGAUAUUUGUCGUGGUGCUUCCCAUUACAUCGACGGGUUGUUUUUUGGAAGUGCUUGUAACAUCUUUACUGUUAUGAUGAUCUAUAAGUUCUGGGAUAUGAUAACGGUAGACGAUUUAGAAUUCUCGGUGGCUAAUGUGGAACAUGGUGUUACUGCCUUUGGCGGUGACGACGAGAAAAGAGGUAGUACAAUUUUUAGCUAA